AUGGUUGAUGGUGGCUGCGCUCGUAGUUCGAGCUGCCUAAGGCUCAUCGGUAUAAGCAACAUUAUCGUCAGACACGUGAGACCAGAUAUUUCAUGGUCUCGUUGGUCCGAGCGAUAUCAUCACCCGACUCGUGAGAUCCAGGUCAAAAUAGCAAAGAAGAGUCAAAAUGGAGCAAAAGAGUCAAAUCACCAAGUUCCCAAGUCUAGAGCACCAAAUCUACAUUUCUCGCUAAAGACCAAACCGGAGCAUCCGAAGUACGACCGCAUAUUCAUGCCUUCCCGACGUCCAAAAGUCAUGAUUCUUAUAUGGAAAGAUAGAUAUUUGAGUCAUGACCCGCGGCGAAGUGGAAAGAGGUCAUUUGGAUCACUCGUUGGACCGGAACUUAUUUUCUACCAAGACAUGUCCGACGAGCGCCUAAGUAGAGCCCAUGGAGACUUUGAUGGAUCAAGAGGCCCGAGAUACCGCGCCCAAGGCCUUGGCUCAUCUUGA